CCUUUCACGAAAUUUCAAAAACUUUUGGAAUACAUUCUAGAAAGGAUAAAACAAAUGUCGUAAUUUUUUUUUCUCUUAAAAGUUAAGUUAUCUUAUAAAAAAUUAGUUUAUAAAAUUUACCAUAUUCAAACGCGACGAAAGCGCGCGAAAUCUCUCGUGACGUCACAGUUCAGUAUCAUGUUAUAAAGGUAAUGCGUUUACCAUGGAGGAAAACAAUAAUAAUGUUCUUACAAAUAAAACCGGCACAUAUAAAUAUUGUUUUGUGCCUGAAUGCAAAAACAGAAAUAUUAACAAUCCUGCAAAAAUAUUUAUAUCUGUUCCAAAAGGUUCAGAAAGAAAAAAAUGGAUUAAAAUUACUCGUCGUGCUCGAGAAACGUCUUUAAAAUCAAGUUUAUUUUGCUGUGAAGAUCAUUUUAAAGUGGAAGAAGAUAUCGAAAAUUAUACUCGGGUAAAACUAGACCCUGGAGUAAGAAUAUUUUUGAAAAAAGGCGUGCUGCCACGAUUUUUUAGUUGUCAGAAAGACAGAAAACGUGCAUUUCCAGAUGUGACUCGCCCUGGGGCAAAAAAAUUGAAAAAAAUACGAAUCUUGGAAGAUAUAGAACAAGAACAAAAUCAACAGUCUAAUAAUGAUAAUGCCAAUAAUGAUAAUGAACUUUCAACAAUUACAGGUAAUGAAAAUUACCGUCAAUUGCCGGCAUUGCCCGUCAAUGAUACGAAUUCUGCGACUGAACCCGUUGGUGACAGAAAUCUUUCUUUCGAGUUACCCUCAAAAACUGUGAAAGAUGUCGGUGUUCAAGUUUGCAUUAAGAUUAAAUCGCAUUAUCGUAGCACUGGUAUUGCAAUCUUUAUGAAAACAACUCAGAAAGGAAAAAUGUAG